UCUCUAUCCAUCACAAAACAACCAAUUUCCAAACCAUGGCCUGUAACCUUUCUCCUCUCACCACCUCCCCUACUGCUAUUUCCACCUCCUCUCUGUGCCCCUCAAUCCUGAAAAGACACGCUCCAUUUGUAGCUAGAAAUCAAAGCCAUCCCAAUUUUCAUACAGUUUCAUGCAAAGCCAGAAAUGAUGAUAACCAGAACCCUUCCACGAGAAGGGAUGUCCUCAUUGGUCUAGGAGGUCUCUAUGGGGCAACCAAUCUCAGCGAUCCAUUUGCUUAUGCUAAGCCAAUCCAACCUCCGGACAUAGCUGACUGUAGCGUAAUAAACGAGCCUGAUCCUGAAAAUCCCACAAACUGUUGCCCUCCAUUAACAAGGAAGAUCAUCGACUUCAAGCUCCCUUCUCAAAAUGAGCCAUUGCGAAUUAGACGCCCUGCUCAUCUAGUUGAUGAUAACUACAUUGCCAAAUAUAAUAGAGCCAUUGCUCUAAUGAAACAACUCCCUGAAGAUGACCCACGUAACUUCACACAGCAAGCCAAUGUCCACUGUGCUUAUUGUGAUGGUGGUUAUCACCAAGUAGGGAUGCCAGACUUGAAUUAUCAAGUUCACUUUAGUUGGCUGUUCUUUCCCUGGCAUAGAUACUAUCUCUACUUCUACGAGAGAAUCUUGGGCAAACUGAUUAAUGAUCCCACUUUUGCUUUACCAUUCUGGAAUUGGGAUUCCCCUCAGGGCAUGCAAAUACCAGCCUUCUUUGCCGACCCUAAAUCGGCAGUCUAUGACCCGCUCCGUGACAAGAGUCACCAGCCACCAAAAAUUAUUGAUCUUGACUUCCCCGGUGUAGACUUUCCUUUGCCAGACCCAGUUCAAGUGGCUAGCAAUCUUAAUGUAAUGUAUAGGCAAGUGGUGACUGCCAAGUAUCCUACGCUCUUUAUGGGUCGACCAUACCGUGCCGGAGAUGAACCAGAACCUGGAGCUGGUUCACUCGAGGAUGUCCCACACACUACAGUUCACAUCUGGACCGGUGACGCAGACCAACCGAAUCGUGAAAACAUGGGUGUUUUCUAUGCAGCCGCGAGAGAUCCCAUCUUUUUUGCUCAUCAUGGGAACAUUGACCGAUUGUGGGAAGUAUGGAAGAAAUUACCAGGUGGAAAAAGAGAGAAUUUCACCGACCCUGAUUGGCUCGACGCAGCAUUUCUUUUCUACGAUGAGAACGCUAAUCUAGUCCGAGUUAAAAUUAGGGAUUGUCUUGACACAACAAAGUUGAGAUAUGGGUUUCAAGAUGUUGCUAGUCCCUGGAUCAAUGCUAGACCAAAACGAAAGCCAAACAAACCAAAGCCGACAGUGCCAGUAGAUACGGCAGACCCAACAAAACCAAUCGGUCUGUUAAACAAAACUGUAAGUGUUGUGGUUCAGAGACCUAAUAAAAAGAGAAGUAAGAAAGACAAAGAAGAAGCAGAAGAAGUUUUAGUGAUUGAAGGGAUUGAGUAUCGAAUAGAUCUAUAUGUAAAGUUUAACGUGCUCAUAAAUGACGUGCCUGACACACCUGGUAAAGCAGACGACGCAGAGUUUGCUGGAACCUUUGUCAAUGUGCCUCAUAAUCGUAACAAGACAGUAAAGACAAGUUUGAGGUUGGGAAUUUCUGAGCUAUUGGAGGAUUUGGAAGCUGAAGAUGAUGAAAGUGUGGUGGUGACUUUGGUGCCGGUAACAAAUAUAGGUGAGGCUACCAUUGGCACUCUCAGGAUUGAGCUUCUCAAGGAUUGAUCAUCAUAAAAGGAAACUUAUCCUUUCGUUUUUAAUCAUGUCAAGUAAUUCGGUUAGCAUUUUUAUACCUAGCUAGUAACUUGCACCGAAAAAUUUACCAGGUCAGAGCUUCUGUUUAAAUAAGGUCCAUGUUUAACAUGAGUGUUUCAUUACUCUUGUAAACAAAAUCUGAUCGUCAAUAAAAAGAAACCUUGUUUUUUCA